GGUCCGAAUUAAAGUUUGCGGCUGAGGCGGCGGAGCGGCUUCGGCGUCGGCGUUCGGUGUGUGCGCGGCGGCCGAGUGACAGGAUGCGGGCGCGGCCGUGCUGAGGGGGCGGAGCGCUGCUUUAAAGCGAUGUUAUCAAGGAAAAAAAGUAAAAACGAAGCGUCCAAGCCGCCUGAGGUCCAGGGGAAAUACGUCAAAAAGGAGACGUCUCCACUCCUAAGGAAUUUAAUGCCUUCAUUUAUUCGCCAUGGGCCAACAAUUCCAAGGCGGACUGAUGUUUUAGUGGAGCCAGGAACAUCUGCAUAUCCUUCAGUUGAUGUGGUUUCGCGAAACCAAAGCUUCCUGCGAGGUCCUGUCCAAAGACCAACUCGUGAAAUCAUUAGACGUGAAAGUAACAGACCUUCAGGACAUUCGUACAUUCCACGUAAUAUAUCAGAUGUCCCUCGAGAAUAUGGUGUCUCAUCGCAGUCUUUCUUAGCUGAAGUUAAUUCUGAAAAUGGUGAUGCUGGUCAGUCUGCCGCUCGUUAUUAUUAUCCUGAGCCAUAUUAUGAAGAUGGACAAAGGCGGCGGCAUGUAGUUGAGCGAUUUCGGGAUGAUUAUAGAUAUUAUGAUCAUACACCUGAUCCUUUUCCACGGUUACCACAAGGGCAAGGUAGACUUCCAGCUGAACAUGGAACAGUACAGCACAGGAACAGGCCAUUCAGCCCACUAUUUUCUGCUGACCUAGGCAUGGGAAGAAUUCCUUCAACAUCCUUGGGGAACCUAACAAAUCACACUACUGAUGAAUUGCCUCUUCCUCUUGGCUGGUCAGUUGACUGGACGAUUCGAGGAAGGAAAUACUAUAUAGAUCACAAUACCAACACAACUCAUUGGAGCCAUCCAUUUGAAAGAGAAGGAUUGCCACCUGGCUGGGAGCGAGUGGAAUCACCUGAAUUUGGUGUUUAUUAUGUGGAUCAUAUCAAUAAGCGAGCCCAGUAUAGGCAUCCGUGUGCUCCCAGUGUUCCUCGGUACGACCAACCUCCACCUCUUCUUCCUCCUGUUACAUACCAACCACAACAAACUGAUCGCAAUCAGCUGGUUCCUGCAAAUCCCUACCAUACAGCAGAAAUUCCAGAUUGGCUGAAAGUCUAUGCCAGGGCUCCAGUAAAGUACGAUCACAUUCUAAAGUGGGAACUCUUCCAGUUAGCAGACUUGGACACUUACCAGGGAUUGCUGAAACUGCUGUUCAUGAAGGAAUUGGAAAGGAUUGUGAAAUCUUAUGAGGCAUAUAGACAAGCCCUUUUAACAGAGCUUGAAAAUCGGAAGCAAAGACAGCAGUGGUAUGCACAACAUCAUGGCAAGAAUUUUCCAGCAAAUGUCUGACAGUGGAAGUAUGUGAAUAAUAUUAAAAUUUUAUUUUAACUCCUAAAACUUUCAUAUUUGCUAUGAAGAAACAUCAGUUUGGAGGUGAUUGCGUCUAAAUUUCAACAAUUUGACCAAUUAAACAAAACUGUAUAAAUUGUUUUUGUAUAUGUUGGUUUAUCUCUUUCCAGGUUUUGUACCUUGAUGUUAAAGUGCAGUGAUUUGCUCCAGCAGCAACAACUUUUAUAAAAGACAUCAAGGUCUGCCUGCAUAGCUUUAAGUACGGAUUGUUGAGGGUUUCAUGAAAUAAGCUAAAGCAUCCAACACUAACUUCAGAAGAGAACAGCAAUAUGUUUACAGGUGAAGCCAAACACAGUGGUUUUAUUUUGAACAGUGAAAGCAAUGAUUGAUAUUAUGGCAUUGUUACAUACCAAUUGUAAUGAUCAUAAUGAUGCAUUUAAAGUUAUAAAUGAAACUAGUUUGGCAUUUACACUGCUCUUUUCCCCUUUUUGUUUUAUUACUUUAGCUCCACAUGUUGCAUUCAUGAGAACAUUUUGUUGUUUGGGUGUAAUGUGGCACUUUUAUUUGGCUUGUUUAGCAAGCAUUUUAUUUACUGAUUAGGCACAUGUUAUUUCAGAAAUAUCUUGCAAUUAAAUCAGGGAUACAUUAAAGCUUAUUUGAACUCUUUUUACUUAUAAAAGGAUGUAUUUUGUACAAAUUAUAAUGUUUUGUACAGUUAUGAUCUUUAGCAAGAAUAUUUUCAUAGAUGCCCGGCUUUUUAUAAAACAUUGAAAUUUCACUCCAUUUGUGAAUUCAGCAAUUCAGCAGUAUAAAGAUUGGUAUUUAUUAAUUACUUUAGUGCAAUAAUAUGUAUAAACUUGCAUAAAUUUCCAAUAAACUUUUUAUGU